AGAUUUUCUGUUGGCUGUUAAAAGCGAGGAAGAAAAAUUGAAAAUUUGGAAAAUGUCUCAACAUUUGAAUCACCAGAACCACACACAAGUCACUUCUAGCUCGCUGCUCGAGAAUGCUUCGCUGAUGUUCCAUGAGAAAAUAUGGAAAUUUCAGAGGAAGGAUACGCAGUGUCAGGCCUUUGUGAAGAGCGUCGUCACGAGUCGUCUCUUUAAGAUCAUGAUGAUAAGCACUGUCUCAAUGAAUGCGUUUUUUAUGGUCUUGUGGACAGAUUAUAAAACAAGAUACAACUUGUUCAGACUUUUUGAGGUCUCGGAGGUCAUCUUCGUGUCCGUCUAUAGCUCCGAGUUCUGCAUGAAGCUCUACGUGGACCCCGUCGCCUACUGGAGGGACGGCUACAACCUGCUCGAUGUCAUCAUCCUCGCCAUCCUCUUCGUCCCCUACGGCCUCCGCAAGGUCAAGGGCAAGCACUACCCCUACCUCAACAUUGCCGACGGCAUGCAGUCCCUGCGCAUCCUCAAGCUUAUCACCUACAGCCGCGGCAUCCGGACGCUCCUCACGGCCGUGGGGCAGACGGUCUACACCGUGGCCUCCGUGCUCAUCCUGUUCUUUGUCCUGAUGUUCAUCUUCGCCAUCCUGGGCUUCUGCCUGUUUGGAGCUCCAGAGCGGGGUGACCUGAAUAACUGGGGGAACCUGGCUUUGGCCUUCUUUACCCUCUUCAGCUUGGCCACGGUGGAUGGCUGGACAGACCUGCAGCAGCAGCUGGAUGACCGGAAUUUUGUUCUGAGCCGCACGUUCACCAUCACCUUCAUCCUGCUGGCCUCCUUCAUCUUCCUCAGCAUGUUCGUGGGUGUGAUGAUCACUCACACGGAGGACUCCAUCAAAAAGUUUGAGCGGGAGCUGAUGCUGGAGAGACACGUGACCGUCAUGGAAGAGAAGCAGGUGAUUCUGAAGCGGCAGCAGGAGGAGGUCAGCAGGCUGGUGCAGACACAGAAAAACGUUGACCACAAAAGUUUCGCUGAGCUGGUGGAGAACUUCAAGAAGACCCUGCGGCACACGGACCCCAUGGUCUUGGAUGAUUUUGGCACGAGCCUUCCCUUCAUUGAUGUCUACCUGUCCACUCUGGACAACCAGGAUGCCACCGUCUCCAAGCUUCAGGAGCUGUACUAUGAGAUCGUGCAUGUGCUGAGCCUGAUACUUGAAGACUUGCCCCAGAAGAAGCAGUCUCAGUCCUCGGAGAAGGUUGAUGAGAGGUAGCUGGGUGCGAGCACCCAGGCUCUGAGGGCCUGGCCGGCCGUGACAGGUCCCCCAUUAAACCCAGGCUUUCUGAGUUGCCCUCUU